AUGUCCUUCAACUUCUUUGGAUUUGGAGGCAGUAGUAAGAAGCAGGAAACAGCUCCAGAACCAGCAGCAACUCCCAUACAACACACAAAUGCAUCGACGACAUCAACUCUUCCACCAGAAGAAACGGUGCAGUCUAUGCUAUCAGGAAUGAAAUUCGAUCCUACUACACUACAUCCCGUAGCUGGAGCACAAGGGGGUGUCGAUUACAUGUUCAUUGACGACGUGCCCUUCGGUCAAAAGGCACCACCACAUCCCACUGGUAGUUUUGGUCCAUUGCCAAUGAGAACCAACUCGGACAAGAUGCUAUAUGGAACUGGUACUGCCUACUUGCUUGGUCUCUCGUCGGGUGGUGCCUAUGGAUUCUUUAGAGGACUCAGAAACCCAAAUGCUACUACUAUGAAGCUACGGGUCAAUAGUGUCCUCAACUCGUGUACGAGAUAUGGCCCAUGGGCUGGCAACUCGUUAGGUGUCAUGAGUUUGAUGUGGUCCAUGAUCGACUCGGGAUUACAAGAAGUACGAGGUGUAUCUGACUAUUAUAAUCAUAUUGGAUCUGCAUUUGUCACUGGAAUUCUCUUUAAAUCAACUGCUGGUAUAAGGCCUGCUGCCAUAAUGGGAACUCUGUUGGCUUCAAUCGUUGGAGCAUACGCCGUCUCUGAACAAGUAGCUGAAAAUGGCGUGAGGCUGCCAACAUUGGGAAGUGUUAGGCCUGCCGCCAACGCAUAA